CCAGUGUAUUUUCAUUUUUAUAUAAAUCUAUAAAAUAAUCUCUUAAAUAAUGAUUUAAUGAGCUUCUUCUCAGAUCCCCUGUAAAGCUAUGGCCUAGAGACGUGAUCGCGAGAGACUUGAGACUAUCCGAGAAUAUUCUUAGAGCUUUGUAUUGAUAAGAGAUGACGACGAGGUCGAAAGAGAAAGUUGUCGCAGCGUUCAGGAAAAUUUUCCGGGCGUCCGAGAAGAUCAGCGAUCAGGAGGGUGCGAGCAGCUCGACGAGUUCACCUUCUAGACGAAUUCUGAGUCGUCAUCAUCGUCCGGAUGCUGUUACACCCUCCGAUGGAACUGUCCCAGACAAUCCUGGGACUAGUCACACUGGCAGUUGUUUCUUCAAGUCGAAAAAGAGUGGGAACUGCUCCCAGCCUCCAAUAAAUAUCCCAGAACGUGGGGUGCGUCUUCGUCGGCUGAUGAAGGAACUCAGUGAGAUUCAACGGAGUCAGCAUCGCCGUGACUCAACAUUCACAGCUGAACUUGUCAAUGACAAUCUCUUCGAGUGGCACGUGAGACUCCACAAAAUCGAUCCUGAGAGUGAACUCGCUGCCGACAUGAGGGAACUCGAUAUUCCACACAUAUUAUUGCAUGUAAUCUUCCCUGAGACCUUCCCAUUUGCACCACCAUUCAUGAGAGUCAUAUCCCCGAGAAUAGAGAAGGGUUUUGUAAUGGAAGGUGGUGCGAUAUGCAUGGAGCUCUUGACACCACGAGGAUGGGCGAGUGCUUACACCAUUGAGGCUGUCAUCACGCAAUUCGCUGCUAGCAUUGUCAAAGGACAGGGAAGAGUAGCGAGAAAACCGAAGACGAAUAAAGAAUUCAAUCGUCGUUCAGCUGAAGAGUCCUUCAGGAGUCUUGUAAAAACCCACGAGAAAUAUGGAUGGGUAACUCCACCGCUGGCUGAAGGUUGAUCGUUUCCUCCAGAACAAAAAAUAAAAUACAUACCGCAGGAUACGGCCAAAUAUUGAAUUCUUAUCCACUGAAAAUUCAUCCCACUAUUUUUAAAUCCAGGGAAAAAUGGAAAAUUGCAUUGUCGACUCGUCGUAAGAAAUUCGCUUUUGCGCGACAAAUUUUUAUUGAUAGAUUGAAAAAAAAAACACAUUGUUCUAGUUUUUUAUGGCUGCCAAAUUCCUUUGUACCACGUACCACGAUUAUGUAACACGUACAAUCGUUGAUUACAAAUGUCCUAUGAUUUUUCUUCUGAA